AUGAAGUCCGCUGUCGCUGGUGCGCUCGCCCUCGCGGCCGCUGUCUCUGCACAGGCGCCCCUGUAUGGACAAUGCGGCGGUCAAAGUUGGACUGGAGCAACGACAUGUGUUGCCGGAUCGGUCUGCACAUACAGCAGCCAGUGGUACUCCCAGUGCCUCCCCGGCACUGCGGUGACAACGACAUCCCGCUCCAGCACUCUCGCGACUUCGACCCGCGCGGCAACCACAUCGUCCGUCGGAACAACGUCCCGGACGUCCACGGCCACGGCCCCGCCCAGCACCGGCGUCCCCAAGGCCGUCGGCACCAAGUUCAGCAUCGACGGCGUGACCAAGUACUACCCCGGCACGAAUUGCUACUGGUGUAGUUUCCUCACCAAUGCGGCCGACGUGGACCUUGUUCUGGGCCAUCUCAAGACCUCGGGUCUCAGGAUCCUUCGUAUUUGGGGGUUCAGCGAUGUCAACACGAUCCCACAGAGUGACAACUGGUUCCAAUACCUGAGUGCCUCGGGCUCGACCAUCAACACUGGCGCCAACGGCCUCGGACGUCUGGACACCGUCGUGGCCUCCGCCGAGAAGAAUGGCAUCAAGCUCAUCAUCAACUUUGUCAACAACUGGGACGACUAUGGUGGAAUGAGCGCUUACAUCAACGCCUUCGGAGGCGACCACAACGGCUGGUACACCAACACGGCGGCCCAGACCCAGUACCUCAAGUAUGUCCAGACCGUAGUCAACCGGUACAAGGCGUCACCCGCCAUCUUCGCGUGGGAGCUGGCCAACGAGCCCCGCUGCCAGGGCUGCGCCACCUCUGUCAUCUACAACUGGGCCAAGUCCACGUCCGAAUACGUAAAGUCGCUCGACCCCAACCACAUGGUGACUCUCGGCGACGAGGGCAUGGGUCUCCCUGGCGACACGUCCUACCCCUAUCAAUUUGGCGAGGGAACAGACUGGGUUGGUCUGUUGAACAUUACUACCUUGGAUUUCGGAACGUUCCACUUCUACCCCAACUCAUGGGGUGUUGCAUACGACACUGGUAGCAAGUGGGUGGCUGACCACGCAAAGGCCUGCGUUGCCGCGAACAAGCCCUGCUUCUUCGAAGAAUAUGGCGCGCCAUCCAACCACUGCGCGCUCGAAAGGCCGUGGCAGCUCGCCUCCGUCGCCACCCCCGGCAUGGCCGGCGACGCCUUCUGGCAGCUGGGCGACACCAUCAGCACCGGCCAGACGCACAACGAUGGCAACACCAUCUACUACGGUACCGAUGAGUGGACUUGCUUGGUCACCAAUCACGUCGCCGAAGUUAGCUAG